GUUGGGGAGAUCAUGAGCUGAGUGGAUUGUGAGAAGACUAGCGUGCCCGCCGAGCUUUGCAGAAAUAUUGUUUUUCCGAGGCAGCCACCCUCGGAGCCUCAGUGGGUGGGCAAGGCGACGGCUCAUGAUAUUACUUACUGUUGCUCUUCUGAAGCCAGUAGAGUGCUUGGGUCCGCAACUCCAUCUCCGAGUAGCAUUGCGCAUUCACGCUUCGCGCCUUCAUAGCUGUUGACUCAAGCCGAUUGCGCUCCAGCGAAUCCUUGUGUGGUGUUGUCAAACCUAGAGAGUCCGUAGCGCCGGUCCCUGAGAGCGAUGCGGCGUACAAGUGCCCUCUUGCUCCUGUUCGCUGAUAACCUUGGUUGCGGUGAAUCCGCACGGCUGUCCUCCGAAUAUGACUCUGCAUCGCGUUCCGACGCGGCGGUCAGUCUUGCCAGAGACAGUGGGGAGUGGAAGAUGUGCAACCCUUGGUCUAGUGAAGACACUCGCAUGUAUUACUUCCAGUCCGUGGAGGAGGACGGCGAUCCCACGGCCAUCUCGUUCUUGCGCGACAAAAAUGAUCCGACACUGUAUUUUUACAAGCACACAGAGUGGACCGCGAAGUACGAGAGGUAUUACGUUGGGGCUGGCAGCGACGGAUUCGCGAAGAAGUACCGGUCUCAAUGGCAGCCUGCCGUCCCUUUGGGCGCUAAGAAGCCGCAUGAAGUCGCGACUAUACAUUUGGGAGCACAGUCUUUGGAGUACGUUCGGUGCGUUCCCGUGUCCACCCCAGAUGGGUCCAAGUCCUGUCUGCUCGAGAUUAAGAGCCAGGGCGUGAAGAACGAGUUCUUUGGGGGCAUGUUCUUCCCCGACUCCCUGGCCAGGCAGGCGCUCCGACACUUCAAGAACGGCAAAGCUGGUCAGUCGCUUCUGGCUCCAAUUCCCAAUUGCACCACGCAGAGUUUCUACGUCAACGUUCAAAAGGGCAAGGAGCAAGAGACCAGUUGCCAAUUGCGCGUCGCCGCAACCGUUGAAGCCGCUUUUCAGGAUAGCAGCUUUGACUCCAGCGACUGGAAGUUCAACGAUGGCCGGAACGUGAAAGUCUAUGCAAGCAUGGGCGGCGGGUUUAUGAUCGGCAUGGUCGCAGGAGGUCCUAUCGGCGCGCUGAUAGGGGCAGGGAUCACCGGCGCCACGGUGGGAGUGGGAGCUUUAUACAAGUACCUCAUGGGGCAGAAAGACAUUGCUCUGAGCGCGAGCGAGAAGAUCUUCGAGAAGCUCCGCUGCAUGAGCAUGUUCUCUACGUGCGGCAACGGCGCGCUGGUGCCGAAAGGGAAGCCGUGCCCAUUGUUCUGAGUGCGGCGCCUGCGCGGCAGAUUCGAAGAAACUACAGUAGAAACCGGGAGUAAGGAUGGCCAACCUUCCCAAGGGUACCCCUGCAUCUUUGCCUCUUCGAUCCGUCCUCAGCCCUUUUCGAAGGCCAGACCCUCUCAUUAUAGAUGGAGUGCAGUAUCCCCAAACAGGGUUUUUAGACCCACUGCGGUUUCCAAGGUCGAGUGCGUGCCCGUCC